CACCUGGUCACAUUACCAUCAACUUCGCAGCAAAAAUUAAAGCACAGUUUUUAAGAAAUAUAAAUUUUUGCUUUAAUGGUAUAACCGUUCAAAUAAAGUUAUCCAAAAAUGGCCAGCACAUCUCGUGCCGCCAGAAGUCAGAAUGCGAACUUUUCGCAGGCAAGCCGGGACAUUACGGAAGUGGAUGACAAAGUGCGCGCCAUUUUAAACUACAUUCUUGAUCACUCCGCGGAACAGAUUCCCAUAAAGGAGAAGGAAUUGGUCACAGCGGCGGGCGACAAGAGCGAGCUGAAGAUACGACUACAGCUGGUCACCGAACUGCUGGCCAAUCGAUUCGGAAUUAUAUUUAAACAGUUGGAUACGGCCCCCAAGUGUUAUAUCUGUACUUCGGAGACUGCGAUGGUCUCCAUUCACGAACUGACCGCUGCACAGCGACCUCAGAUAACUCUGCUCUACAUUAUCCUUAUGUACAUCUUUCUGCGCGGCAAUAGUAUAGAGGACACCAAACUGUACGGAAUGCUGGAGCUGCUGAAUAUCAAAGUGGACGAGGAGCACGGAUACUUCGGAGCCAAUUUGCGGAAGCUUAUUGAGGAAACGUUUGUUAAGCAGCAGUACCUUAAGCGGGAGCGUUCCCAGCUCAGCGCCUACGAUGAUCCCAAAACCUUCCUCCUUUGGGGUCUGCGCGCCAAGGCGGAGAUCUCCUAUGAGCAGAUCGUGCAGUUCGCUGCCAAGCUGCUGAAUCAAAGCCCCAGAAACUUUGAUCAUCAACUGGCCAUGGCCCAGGCGUCAGAAAAUCCAGAGCCGUAAGGACCGGGACCCGUUUGAAUAAACAUAAGUACAAAUGAAA